AUGGCCUCCCUUCCUGCAGUGAAUGCAGACUUCUGCUUCAACCUCUUCCGAGAGAUGGAUAACAACCUUGGAAGCGGAAAUGUGUUAUUCUCCUCUCUGAGCAUCUUCACUGCCCUGGCCGUGGUCCGCUUGGGCGCGCGAGGCGACUGUGGUGCCCAGAUGGAUAAGGUCCUCCACUUCAAUGCUGUCUCAGGACAUGGAAACUCUUCUAACAGUCAGCCAGGACUCCAACUUCAACUGAAAAGAUUUCUCUAUGAUAUAAACGCAUUCCACAAAGAUUAUGAACUCAGCAUGGCCAAUGGUCUUUUUGCAGAAAAAGUGUUUGAUAUUCAUGAGGGAUUUAUUAAGUGCGCUGAAAAAUUAUACAAGGCCAAAGUGGAACGUGUUGACUUCACAAAUGCUGUACAAGACAGCAGAUAUAAGAUUAAUAAGUGGGUUGAAGAUGAGACACAUGGCAAGAUCAAGAACGUCAUUCACGAAGAAAGCUUCAGCACGUCUGCGGUGAUGGUGCUGGUAAAUGCCGUGUACUUCAAAGGCCAGUGGGAGUCAGCCUUCAUAAAGAGUGACACCAUGCAUUGCCCUUUCAAGUCUCCCAAGUGUUCUAGGAAAACAGUCGCCAUGAUGUAUCAAGAGCGGAUGUUCAAUUUGUCCGUCAUUCAGGACCCGUAUAUGCAAGUCCUUGAACUCAGAUAUCAUGGGGGCAUAAGUAUGUAUGUAAUGCUGCCUGAGAGUGACCUCUCCCAGAUUGAAAACCAACUGACUUUUAGGAAUCUAAUGAAAUGGACCGAUCCAAGAAAAAUGAGCCCCCAGUAUGUCAAGGUGUUUCUUCCUCAGUUCAAGAUAGAGAAGGACUAUGAAAUCAAAGGCUACUUAAAAGCCCUAGGGCUGAAAGAUAUCUUUGAGGAAUCCCGAGCUGACUUCUCUGGCAUAGCUUCAGGAGGUCGCCUGUAUCUGUCAAAACUGAUGCACAAGUCCCACAUUGAGGUGAAUGAGGAUGGUACAGAGGCGGCGGUUGUCUCAGGAAACAACAUCGUAGAAAAGUUCCUCCCCGAGUCUACAGUGUUCCGGGCGGAUCACCCCUUCUUAUUUGUCAUCAGGAAGAAUGAUGUCAUCUUGUUUAGUGGCAAAGUCUCUUGCCCUUGA